CGCGGUCGUCUCCUCCGCGGCGCCCGCGCCGCGCCGAUCGGUCGUCCCCGCCGCCGGCGGUGGCGGUCCCGUCGUCGCGGACACCGUCCCCGAGGACGUGAGAUUCGACAUGACCCCCGAGGGCGAGAAGAAGCGCUGGUCGAUGAUCUUCGCCCUCUUCUGCGCGUUCGUGCUCUGCAACCUCGACAAGGUGAACAUGUCCGUCGCGAUCGUCCCGAUGGCCCAGUCUUUCGGCUGGACGUCCAUCGAGAAGGGUCUCGUGCAGUCCGCGUUCUUCUGGGGCUACGCGUUCACGCAGAUCCCGGGCGGGUACCUCGCGUCGAAGUACGGCGGCAAGUUCGUCCUCUUCGCGGGCGUGAUGCUGUGGUCGUUCGGGACCCUGAUCGCGCCCGCGUGCGCGCACUUCUCCUUCACCGCGCUUCUCGUCUCGCGCUUCCUCGUCGGUCUCGGCGAAGGCGUCGCGCCGUCCGCGGCGACGGGCGUUCUCGCGAAGGGUGUCCCCGGUUCCCAGCGUUCCGCGGCGGUCACCGCGACGUUCGGCGGUUUGGACGUGGGCUCCCUCUCCGGGCUCAUCGUCGCGCCGCCCAUCAUUCUUUUCCUCGGCGGCUGGGCCGCGGUGUUCUAUCUCUUCGGCGCGCUCGGGUUCAUUUGGGGGGCGUGGUGGGCCUUGUGCUACAUGAGAGACAAGAGCACCGACGCGAGGGAUACCCCGGAGGAAGUCGCGGCUAAGGCUGCGGCGCCGGAGAAGGCGGAGGACCCGAUCCCGUGGGGCGCGUUUUUCAAGAACAAGUCGUUCUGGGCGCUCAUGGCGGCGCACUUCACGUGGAACUACUUCUCCUACGGCCUCCUCGCGUGGCUGCCGUCGUUCCUCUCCAGCGCGCUCAACGUGUCUCUGAGCAAGUCGUCGUUCCUGUCCAUCCUGCCGUACCUCGCGACGGUCGGCAUGACGCUCAUCGUCGCCCCGACCGCGGCGAAGCUCGAAGCGGGCGGGAUGACGCGCACCAACGUCCGCAAGCUGUCGCAGACGCUCUGCUUCACCGGCGGCGCGGUCUGCCUCUCCGCGGUCGCGUUCGUCGUGAACAGCACCCCCCCGGAGGCGGUCACGCAGACGACCGUGAUCACGAUCAUGACCCUGCUCUCGAUCGGUUUCGGCCUCGGCGCGUGGGUAAGAACCGGGUUGUUCUGCGGGCACCAAGACAUCUCGCCGAAGUACGCGUCGAUCAUGCUCGGGACGACCAACACGCUCGCCGCGGUCGCGUCGACGCUCUCGACGUUCUUCACCGGGUACUUCUUCUCCAUCACGGGCGGGAACUGGGCGCUGUCUCUCUUCCUCCCGAUCGCGUUCUUCCAGGUCGUGAGCACGCUCAUCUUCAUGAUGUGGGACUCCACGCCCGUGGACUUCGACGCGAUCCAGGCUGAGGGCAAGCUCAAGGCGGCGUGAUCGUGAGGCGACGGUUUCGGUUUCGUCUACUGGUUGACGCCUCGCGACGCGCGCGCGUUCGCGGGGCGUGACGAUUGAUCCAAAUUCAUUCAAGUUUAUAAGACAUGCAUUCGCGCAGAAAACGAGUGAGAGUGGGGAGAGGUGAGGUGGGGGUGUUUUUUAUCAGGCGACGUGAGCGGGCGAAGCCGCCCGCGGUGAACGCGUGCUUCGACUGAGUCAUCGAAGAGCACGCACCCUUUGAAAUAUUAUCGGGUCAUCCCGCAUGCACUUAAA